UGAAAUGAACGUGAAGCGGUGUUUCACCGCGCGGCAUCCUGUCUGUGUGUCAUUUUCUUCCGCGAGGUCGUUUUCAAAUAGGCCAAUUACCAGGAAAACUACAAACAUGGCAACACUUUCACCAACCAAUGACAGAUCACACGUCAUCUACUUCCCAGCAAGCCUUGUCCUAAAAAAAUACACGCGCGGAAAGUCAAGAUUUUGGAAAGGAUUUGUCCAGCGCCCGACUGGAAAUCCUUCAGUAAGAGACUCAAAUGACCACAACCAGUACACCUAAAUCUGCUUCUAUUCUGAAAGAUGUUGUUGCCUACGUUGAUGUGUGGUCAUCAAGUAAAACAGAGAAUUACUCUAAACCAUUCAUCCAGCAGCUGCAGGAUAUGGGAGGUGUGGUAUCUAAAACCUUCAAUAAACAAGUCACACACAUAGUCUUUAAAAAUGGCCAUCAAGCAACCUGGAAUAAAGCCAAGAAGACUGGUGUGAGACUUGUGUCUGUCCUCUGGGUGGCCAGAUGUAAAGAUGAUGGAGUACAUGUUGAUGAGGAGUUGUAUCCGGCAUUAAAUGAUGACGUCAAUUCAGCACUCAAGAAAAAGGUGCAUCGUUGUAUGCAGCCGAGAGACACCCCUGAGAAUGACUGGCGCAUGAAGAAAAAACUGGACAAGAUGAUCGAAGACCUAGUACCAAAAUCACCUUUUAUAGCAGAUGUGUCCCCUUACAUUAUCGACGAAGAGAAAGGAAUAGUUUACAGUCCUUCUAUGAAACGGUGUGACUUCAUGGCACAGAGGCUGAAGGAGAUGAGAGAAGCUAGGGAAAAUCUAUCCCCCGCAGCUUCACAGGUGGGACAAUCUAGAUUAUCACCUGAGUUUAAGCCUUCUCUUGGGAAUACACCAUCCCACUCUUUCUUGAAAAACCUGGAAGAAUUUGAUCAGGAUUUUAAUGCAUAUUCUUGCUCAAAUAAAACUGAUGGAGAGGAGCAACAUGAAGCCACCUGUGAACCACAGCACAAAGACUUUCAGAAACCUUGGAAGUCAACGUGCAGUGAUUUGCCCAGACAAAAUGCAUUGGUUCAAAGUCCUUUGCCCAUUUCACCGGCUAAAGAGAGUAAACAAGACGCAAAUCCUAAGAGGACCUCAAUUAAAUGUAAUGUCAUCAAAAAGCACAUCUCCUUAGAGAGUCCCUGUCUGGAUGACUGCCCGGAGGGUAGCAAGAGUGUGCAAUCAGUGUUUACGUUUAACAGUUUUGUAUCCAGCAGAAGUAAUAUGGCAAAAGUCACACCACCUGUCAGGAAAAGCAGAACACCACAGUCCCUUCCGGAAAGUAAGCCAACUACUAAUCUGAAGAUUUCUAGUCGCCGUUCUUCAAGAAUUUUACCCGAAAAACCCAGUGUGCCUCAUCAAACGUCCCUAAAGAUUACCACACCGAAAUCAAAAGUAAGCGACUGUAGAAAAUCCUCGCUUCCUGCUUUAGAAAGAUCUUGCACUGUCUCAAAUGGCUUCCGUGCCUCCUCCUGUGCAGACGAUGAUGAUGGGGUAUUUGUGGACUUCUCUCCAGCUAACAAAGCUAGGAGACAACGAAGCUGCCUUUUACCCAGCUUUCCCUUAGAGUCCAAGGUUCAGAUCCCCUUUGAACUGGAGCCUCAGCCUAGCCCUGGGAAGAGGAAGAGGGGCAAGAGUGAAACCACAGGGUCUGAGUCGGCCAGUGCCAAAAAGAGAACACAUGGGGUGCCCAGUGUAAGAGAAACCAGCCGUGUAAACAGCAUGUUGGAUCAACAUGCGCAUCCACACCAGGAUACAAAGGGAUGUCCAUCAUCCGAGGACAAUGAUACAAAACAAACUCUGACUAGAAGAAGUAGGCAUAGCGCAUUGCCAUUCUCUAGAGUGUCUAAAGACUUCACUGAUGAACUGACUAGUGCCCCUGACCAGCAGAGCGCUUCAACAGAUCCCACACACCUUUCAAAACCAAGUUUGGCAGCAGCAAACAAAAGCACUAGAUACUCUCUAAGGACAUUAGUUAUGACAAGCAUGCCCACAGAAAAGCAACACAUAUUGACCCAGGUGGUCCAAACUCUGGGUGGGUUCCCAGUGGUGGACCAGGUGUGUGAGAACACAACCCACAUGGCCGGUGGGCCACUGCGGACCCUCAACAUUCUCCUGGGCAUCGCCUGUGACUGCAGGUAAUAUUCCCCUAAACAGGUUUUGUGGUGUUUGGAACAAAGACAAUCAGAAGAACCAUGUGAACUUUCAGAUCAGUUUCCAGCAGCACCUACCCUGUCAUGUCUCUCCUCCCAAAUCUGUAAACUGAAGCAGCUCCUGUCUGCAGGGGAGUGCCAGCAGGACCUGUUCCUGGGUCAGCCUGCAAUGUUUGUCUUCCGGGACGCCCAGCCCCCAAACCACAGCCUGGUGGAGCUUAUCGAGCUGUUUGGGGGCACAGUCUUCAAAACGGUCCGGCUGGCAGGCCUCUGCAUGGGGAAGUACAAAGGCAAGAGACCAGAUGGGAGCAGGAUUCUCUCUGAGCAGUGGGUGCUGGGUAAGAUGUCAGCCUAG